AUGCCUCUCUCGCAGAUGCUUGUUGUGGCUCUGGUCACUCAUGUAGCGACGCGAGCGCCGCCGAGCGCCGGCGGAGGCAGCCGAAGCGAGCGCCGCGGCGCGUGCUGCGCCGCCCAAGACGCGCCGCGCCACUACCACAAGUCGCAGGCGGCAGCUCGCACCGACAUGCUGGAACCGCGCUGGCGCCCCGUGCAGGGUCACCUAGGCGAUAACCCAUUCGAGACGGGCUCCUGGGCGAAGGCUCACUUCUCAACACACGCAGCGCCCUGGCAGACGUCUUCACUUCGCACAGGACAUGGUCGGCCCACAGAUGAUGGCAUGAUGGAUCAUGAAACAGACGGUGACGGCGCCAUCAACCUGUCUACAUCGCAGCGACCAUCUGCGGCUACAACACCUAACGGCAGCGUCGAGUACGAUGACCACGACCAGGCGUCAUCGUCGGUGAAAGUGUUGAAGCAACAACAACAACAGCAGCCCGCACAGCCGCAACCGCCACAGCCGCAGCAGCAGCCGCCGCAGUCGCAGCCUCAGCCGCAGCCGCAGCUGGGCCCACACGCGGCGCAGCCGGCGCGGGAGCGCGUGGAGGGCGAGGCGCCAGCCAAUGGAAAGGGCUCCGCGGCGAGCGGUAGCGCCAGCGGCAGCCCCAGCCCUUGCGGCGCGCAGCCGCAGCCGCCGGCGCAGCCGCAGCCGCAGCGGCAGUCACCUCAGCCCCAGCCGGCCUCGCAGCCGCAGGCGGCGCAGCCGCUGCCGCCGCACCAGCCGCAACAGCCGGCUGUCAUGCUGUCUCCCGCCUCGGGGCUGCACCAAAUGCAGCAGCUGCUGCAGCAGCAGAUCCUCAGCCCGGCACAGCUGCAGUCCUUCAUGACGCAGCACUCCCUCUUCCUUCAGCAACAGCAGCAGCCGCCUCAACCGCCUGUGCCGCCACCUCCACCGCCACCCCACCAUCACCAGCCGGAAAGUACAGGUGACCAUACAAGCAGUGAUCGAUUCAACUACCUCACACUGAAGUCUGUGCAACAACAGCAGCUGGCUGAACUUGGAAUGAAGCAAUUACAGCAAGCAAUGCAGCAGUUACAAGAACAGCUGCAACUGAAUGUCAUACAGCAGACACAUCUACUGCAGUCAGGGGACAAAAAGAAAGCUUCAGGCCCUUUGCAACAGUUAGCACUGCAACAACAGCAACUCAUGCAGCAGUUACAAAUCACACAACGACAGUAUUUACUGCAGCAGGGUAUUGGCAUUCAACCAAUGGUGCUUGCUCAAGCUCAGGCACAAAGUGCAGCAGUGACAUCAGAUGUACCAAAUCCUUGGAAAGAACCACCUUCUGAAAACCAUGACACACAUCACAAUGUUUCGGCACAUAAAAAUGUCCCAGGAAUCAAUGGACUUCUGGGAACUAUAGGGUUGGGCCGCAGGGAUAGCAUGAAUGGAGUUGCUGGUGUUGGAGAGGAGAAGCUUCUUGAAAGUUGUGGGGACAAAAUGCAUCCACUUUAUGGUCAUGGGGUCUGCAAGUGGCCAGGCUGUGAAGUUAUAUGUGAUGAUUUCCAGUCCUUUCUCAAGCAUCUAAACACAGAACACACGCUAGAUGACAGAUCUACAGCACAGGCAAGAGUGCAGAUGCAAGUUGUAUCUCAGCUCGAGCUUCAGCUGCAGAAGGAGAGGGACAGGCUGCAAGCCAUGAUGCAUCACCUUCAUAUGACCAAGCAACAAGCAUCUCCCGAACCAUUAAAAACAGAGGCAAGUACGGGGCCAAAUCUUUCAAAACUUAACCUUUCCUCUGUUCUCCUUAACCAGCCUCCACAUUCAAUGCCAUCUUCAGUCAGUCAGCCUGUUUCUAUGUCAUCUCUGGUGUCUGCAGUCCGAUCUCCAAUUCUCCAGCCUCCUACUCCAAACAUUAGUGGACCAAUCAGAAGGCGAAUAAGUGAUAAAUCUGCUCUGUCACUUGCUGGAGGGCUACCAUAUAUGCUGGAACGUGCAGGACUUGAUGUUCAACAAGAAAUUCAGAGAAACAGAGAAUUUUACAAGAAUGCUGAUGUGCGACCUCCAUUUACAUAUGCAUCGUUAAUACGACAGUCCAUCAUUGAGUCACCAGACAAACAACUUACGUUAAAUGAGAUCUACAAUUGGUUUCAGAAUACUUUCUGCUACUUUCGUCGUAAUGCAGCAACGUGGAAGAACGCGAUCCGCACCAAUCUGUCACUGCACAAGUGUUUUGUGCGCUACGAAGACGACUUUGGCUCCUUCUGGAUGGUGGAUGAUGCGGAGUUUGUCAAGCGACGCCAUCUUUCUCGUGGUCGUCCCCGGAAAUAUGACCCCACCCCAUCACCCACUCCACCCCACCUCUCCGCCGCACAGGGUGUGCAGUCAAAAAGUCCCACCCUGAUACACAGCCCAACAUUAUAUGGAGAUGCGCUGAAUACGAGUCUUCAAAAUGUCCAAUGCGAGAAUUACUCGGAGGCUGCCCUGGGAGAAAGCAAUAUGGGAUUCGUCAACAACUCAAUGAGUACGUCAACAGCAACUAGUCCAGAAAAGGUCCCAUCACCAGCAACAGAACACAGAUCUUCGGUGGAUGGAUCACUCAUGCAUAUCAAGCAAGAGGCCUUGCAGACACCAUCUAUGAAUCCUGACAAUGAUGGUCUUGUCCAUUUAAUCAAGAGGGAGAUAAUGGAGCAUGGAAUAGAUGCAGAAGAGGUGGAGGAAGUUGGCGAGGAGCGAGAUUUUGUACCUGGAGCUACAGUGGGGAUGCAGCUGGAUCAUGGACAUGAAUCUGAAGAGCCAGAUGAGAUGGCUGAAGACUUAUCUAUGGUUCCAGAUGUGUCUGAAGAAAAUCUGGAAGCAUAGUUGAGAAAAUCGCAUCCUGAUUUUAAUCAUAUCCACUUUUUAAUGUGAAUGAUACUGUUAACAAAAAAGUAAAUGUAUCGUGUAUGGCCACAAAUGUGGUGCAAUGAAUUUGAAAGACAGUGCAGGAGUUAAUUCAUAUCUGUGUGGAAAAAACGAUUAUUUCAAAAACACUCGUGUUGUAUAUUAAAACAAAAUGUCCGUAUCAAAAUGAAAAAAAAAAAGAA